GCCUUCCGCUUCCUCACCCCGCUAGUCCCAUACCCUAGCCAGGGGGGGAUCGCACCUCUUCCGACGAUGUCGACCCACGCCGCCUCCCGCCGCUCCUCCUCCUCGUCCGCGGUCGCCAAGCGCCCCGCGAUAGCGGAGGGAGCUACCAAGGCGGCGGGACCGGGCCCCACCGCCGCGCAGGCGAAGAAGCGCACCGCGCUCGUCAACAUCACCAACGUCGCCGCUCCGGGGGCGAGGGUCGCCGCCGUUGGGAAGGUCGCGCCACCGGUCACCGGCGCGAAGUUGAAUCCAGCUACCUCAGGUGCACCCUUAAAGAAGCCAUCUUUGGCAAAUGCUCGCACCAUCCGGGGUUCUGCUGCGAAGUCGGCUUCCAUCAAGCCAGCUCCACCAGUAUCACGCCAUGACAGCAGCUCAGAGCAGAAGCAUAAUGUUCUUGUGCCUACCACUGUCCAUGUGCCAAGUCGUGCUCCUGCCUUGGUACCCUACAGCAGUUUCGUGUCUCCUGGACGUUCAAGAGAUUCAGUUUCUACUGAUGAGACGAUGUCGACUUGUGACUCCAUGAAAAGCCCGGACUUCGAGUACAUAGACAAUGGGGGUUGCUCGAUGCUGGCUUCGUUGCAGCGACGGGCGGAUGAACAUCUGCGUACAUCAGAGGACAGAGACGUUGAAGAAAAUAAGUGGAAGAAAAAUGGCCCUGCCCCAAUGGAAAUCGACAGCAUCUGUGAAGUUGACAGUAACCUCGAGGAUCCACAGUUGUGCGCCGCUCUGGCUUCUGACAUCUACAUGCAUCUGCGAGAAGCUGAGAUGAAGAAAAGACCAUCGACUGAUUUCAUGAAGACGAUUCAAAAGGAUGUCAACCCUAGCAUGAGGGCAAUUUUGAUAGACUGGCUCGUGGAAGUUGCUGAAGAAUAUCGUCUUGCUCCUGAUACCUUGUACCUGACAGUCAACUACAUCGACCGUUAUCUUUCUGGCAACGAGAUCAAUCGCCAAAGGCUGCAAUUACUUGGUGUUGCUUGCAUGCUUAUAGCGGCAAAAUACGAGGAGAUAUGUGCACCCCAGGUUGAAGAAUUCUGCUACAUAACAGACAAUACAUACUUCAGAGACGAGGUUCUAGAAAUGGAAGCUUCUGUGCUGAACUACUUGAAGUUUGAAAUGACAGCGCCUACGGCAAAGUGUUUCUUGAGGAGAUUUGCUCGUUCUGCACAGGCGUGUGAUGAGGAUCCUGCUCUGCAUCUGGAGUUCCUGGCCAAUUACAUCGCUGAGCUAUCCCUGCUGGAGUACAGUCUUCUGUCUUACCCUCCAUCACUAAUCGCUGCCUCAGCUAUUUUCUUGGCGAGAUUUGUACUCCAGCCAACGAAGUAUCCUUGGAACUCCACGCUUGCUCACUACACGCAGUACAAGCCGUCCGAAUUGAGCGAGUGUGUAAAGACACUGCACCGCCUUUCCAGUGUUGGUCCUGGGAGCAACCUCCCAGCAAUCAGAGAAAAGUACAGCCAGCACAAAUACAAAUUUGUCGCGAAGAAGCAGUGCCCGCCACAAAUCCCUGCCGAAUUCUUCAGGGAUGCGGCAUGCUAGACAAUAGAAAGAAGCCCAGCGGUUGCUUACUUGAUUGAUUCUUCUCCCUGAUGUGGCCAGUUCCUGUUUGUGGUCAUGUAUGUUACAAAUCCAGAGAGUUCAAUAGCAGCACUCCACGGCAUGCAUAUGUAUCUGGAACCAUGUUUAGCUACUACGCUGAUGGAAUCUGCAAGUCAAGUGCUGUGCCUUGAGAUAGAUAUAUGUAACGAACAGCUAGUUCGACCUUGGUACAGAAAAGCAUUCUUCCAGCGCCCUGUACGUAUAUGCAGCUGGGUCUGAUCUGUUGUAUGCCUGAACUGCACAACAACAGAUGAAGAACCAAAUCAUGAUGACUAACCAAUUUAAUUUAAUUUAUUAGCUGUUUCU